AGACACACACAGCGGAAGAAGAAGAGGAGAAGGGGGAAAAAAAAAAAAAGAACACAGCGCACCGGAGAUUUUCCCCCUCGCGGCGGCGACGCCUUGUUCCCCCGCCGAGCCUCCGCCCGAUCCCCCGCCGCCCCUCCGCGCGCGCCAGAGUCUCCGCCGAGGCCCGGCUCCCUCUCUCUCUCUCUCUCUCUCUCGCUCUCUUCUGCUGCUGCUGCUGCCGCUGCUCCCCUCGGCCGCUCUGCCCGAUCUAGCGCGCGCCCCGGCCUCCUCGAUUUCUAGGGCUCGGACGCCGAGGGCUGGAACCGGAGCGAGAUAGGAGAAGGCGAAUUGUUGAAGCAUGAGCAUCGACAGCCCCGGGGGAGGGGAGAGCUAGGGUUUCCGAUUCCGGGAGGGGGCGGGAUUUCCAUGGGUGAUGGAGGAGUCGCAUGCAUGCCUUUGCAGCAUCGGCACAGCAUCAUGGACAGGCUUUCAGCACCGGAGAAAGCGCUCUGCGGAGGCAAUGGGUUCGGCACCAAGCCGCUCAAAUUGGAAGGUUCCCAGCCCAAGAAGAAGAUGAAGAAGGUCAAGAAGGUGGUCACCGUGAGGAAGGUGAGGACUUUGAAGAGUGAGGUGGCGUUGGCGAGGAAGGAUAAGGGCGGCCAGCAAGUCGAGAAUGGCGAGGCCUCUGCGGAUAAGGCGCAGAAUGAUGACGUGGAAGAGGGUGAAUUGGGCACUCUGAAGUGGCCAGCUAAGGAAGUGGAGAAUGGGGAGGUGGCGUCGGAGAAGAAGCAGCAGCAGCAGCAGCCGCCGCGUAAAACCGAGGCUGACAAGGAAGAGGCGGUUGCCGAGAAGUCGAGAAAAGGAGAACUGGAGCAUGGGGAAUACGUUUCUGGUAGACCGAGAAAGACGGAGGUGGAGAAGGAGGAGAUAGUUUUGGAAAAGAGCAGGAGAGGUGAAGCCGAGAAAGGCGAAUUCAGGCCCUGGAGAGGCUCCAUUGACGAUGUCGAGAAAGGAGAAUUCAUUCCUGACAGAUGGCGUAAAGGCGAAGCGACCAAGGAUGAUUACAGCUACGGUAGAUCACGCAGGUAUGAGGCUUUGAAUCACAAGGUUUGGAGGCGUGACCUCGACCAGACACCACCUUCGCAUUCGGGGAGUUCAGCGAAGUACUCCGGUGACGAUAAUUAUCGUAAGAAAGAAUUCAGCAGAAGCGUAUGUCAGCAGAGCAAGAAUUCUUUCAAGUGGGAGGUUGGCCAGGAGAAAAUGGUGAAACUGGGGUCGAAAGUUGUGGAUGAAAGCGGUUCGCACAGGGUUGACUAUCACAACGGUAAGAACCAGGGAAGAGACUACUUUCCCGGCAGUCGGCUGAAGCGCCAUGGACAUGAUGCGGAUUCGGAUAGCAGUGAUCGCGAUCGCAAGAACUAUGCCAAUUAUGCUGAUCAUGCAGGCUCGAAAAGCCGGAGGCUUUCUGAUGACGGUGUUCGUCCUGCGCAGCCAGAACACUAUUCUCGCCACUCUCCGGAAAGGCCUCAUAGAAAUUCUUCUUCUAUUAGGCUGUCUUCAUUUGACAAGCAUAUUUCCAAACAUCAUGAAUUUUCUUUAUCUUCGAGAGGAGCUUACGACAGACAUGGCCGCAGUCCAGUCCAGGCUGAUAGGUCCCCGCGUGGUCGAACUCGGUAUCAUGAUCACAGGGAACGGAGUCCAGUUCAUCACGAGAGAUCACCAUAUAACCGUGAGAGAUCUCCGCGUUAUCAGGGAAGAAUUUUAUCGAAUCGUGAUAAAUCUCCUUAUGGCCGCCAAAGAUCUCCAUAUGCUCGUGAUAAUGCCCCAUACAGCCGUGAGAAGUCUCCUUGCGGUCGUGAAAGAACGCCGUAUGCCCGUGAAAGGUCUCCCUAUGGUCGUGACAAAUCCCCAUAUGAGCGCAGCCAUCACUUUGAUCGCCGCAACAGAAGUCCUUAUGCAGAGCGGUCUCCGCAAGAUCGAGGUAGGAAUCGGGACCGCAGGGAGACACACCUAAAUAAUAACGAGCGGUCCCAGGUUGAUCGAGGUAGGCCCAAUAAUAAUCGCGAAACGAGCCAUAAGAGUGGAAAGGAAAAGCCUAAUAUUCAGCCGGGAAACAAAGGGGAAGAAGAGAAGCCAAAUGAACGGAAUUCUACUGGAAUGGGGGCCGAUAAUUCCAUCAAGGAAUCUGAUGUCAGAAUCAGUAUGCCCAAUACAGAUACAUCAUCUCACGAGGAGAGAAGUGGUAGCAUUCAAUCUCACAAGGAGGACCAGACUCAGAGUCCAAGUGUUGACUGCAAGGAAUCUCCAAAUGUCAAUGGGGUUCCUCCAGAAGAGCUGCUCUCCAUGGAAGAGGAUAUGGAUAUAUGUGAUACACCACCUCAUGUGCCUCUGGUGGCCGACUCAGCAGUGGGGAAGUGGAUUUACCUUGAUUAUCUGGGUUUUGAACGUGGCCCUUCGAAACUCUGCGAUCUCAAGUCACUUGUUCAAGAUGGUGUUCUUCAUUCGGAUCACUUUAUUAAACACAUGGAUAGCGACAGGUGGAUGACUGUUGAAAAUGCAGCUUCCCCUUUGGUAACUGUGGCUUUUCCAUCUAUAGUAUCAGAAAGUAUAACGCAGCUGGUAGAUCCUCCAGAAGCUCCUGGUAACCUGUUGGACGAUACUAUCGAUGGUGGUCAAUCUGGUAGUCUGACUGUUGAAGAAAUGCAGUUGCCUGUUGCAACUGAGCCUCUGGAAGAUCUUUGCAUUGACAAAAGAGUUGGACUUCUGCUUGACGGUUUCACUUUUAUUCCAGGGAGGGAACUUGAAACUAUUGGAGAAGCCUUGCAGAUGACAUUUGAGCAUCAACAAUGGGAGGAAUGUUCUAGCCCUGAAGAUUUUUUCUGGCAUCGAGCUUGCAUUGGAGAAAGACCAAAUAGGGUGGCAGAUGAUGCAUCAAGAUGUUCUGAUGUUGCAUCAGCUGACUUAAGGGAAAGUUCAGUCUCGGACAAAGAUUUCUCAUUUGUCCAUGGUGACUCUAGCGAUUGGUUUUCCGGCCUCUGGUCAUGCAAAGGUGGAGAUUGGAGAAGGAAUGAGGAAGCUGCGCAAGAUAGAAUUUUGAGAAAGAAAAUUGUAGUGAAUGAUGGUUUUCCCCUAUGCCAAAUGCCAAAGUCUGGUAAUGAGGAUCCUAGGUGGCAUCAGAAAGAUGAACUAUAUCAUCCUUUGCUGGCCAGAAGGCUUGACUUGCCUCCAUGGGCAUUUAGUUGGCCAGAUGAGAGGAGCGAGAAUGACCCGGCUAGCAGAUUGCAAGUUAAGCCUGCUAUCAUGCGUGGUGUCAAAGGUACAAUGUUAUCUGUGGUCAGGAUAAAUGCAUGUGUUGUGAGAGAUCAGGGUUCUUUUGUUUCUGAACCUCGAAUGAAAGCCCGGGCAAAGGAGAGGUACUCUUCGAGGUCUGCUCGGUCACAUUCUUCAAGUUCUGAUGCCAAGAGAUCCUCUGUAGAAACUGAUUCCCGGUCAAGAUCUAUUGAUGAACACAGCGUGCGGGGCUCGAGGAAGAGCAUUGUGACCAUAAACACUCCAAAGGACCGAGUAUGCAUUGUCCAUGACCUGCAAUUGCAUUUAGGUGAUUGGUACUAUUUUGAUGGAGCUGGACAAGAACAUGGGCCUUCUUCAUAUUCAGAGCUUCAGGAGCUAGUUGAUGGAGGUACCAUUCAGAAAUAUACCAGUGUUUUCAGGAAAUUUGAUAAACUCUGGGUUCCGGUGACAUCGGCUGGUGAGACUUCGGAAACUUCUGUUAAUAUACAACAGGAGAAGAGUUCUUAUGGUGGUUCUUCUGGACCUGCUUUUCCACAAUUGAAAGAUGGUAUGAUUGAAAGCAGUAAGGCUGCCUCUUCGUUCCACAGUAUGCACCCACAAUUUAUUGGUUAUAUGAGGGGAAAGCUACAUGAACUAGUGAUGAGAUCUUAUAAAAGUAGGGAGUUUGCUGCCGUGAUUAAUGAGGUAUUAGAUCCAUGGAUCAGUGCCAAACAGCCAAAGAAAGAGAUUGACAAGCAGAUUUAUCGAAGAUCAGAUGCUGACUACCAUGCUGGCAAACGAGCACGUCGUUUGAAUGACGAAACCGAAGAAGAGAGUGACAAUGAAGAAGUCGCUGAGAGAAUUCAGAGGGAUGACAUCUCAUUUGAGGAUCUAUGUAAUGGCAAUGCUUUCAAUCGGGAAGAAAUUGUUUCUUUAGAAAAUGGGUUGGGCUCUUGGGGUUUAUUGGAUGGUCAUGUGCUUGCUCGAGUUUUCCAUUUUCUUAGGUCGGACAUGACAUCCCUUGCCAUUGCUUCUUCUACUUGUAAGCAGUGGAGGGCUGCAGUAAGGUUUUACAGGGAUAUCUCCCGACAGGUUAAUUUGUCAUCGCUGGGUCAUAGCUGUACUGACUCAAUAAUCUGGACAGUCAUGAAUGUUUAUGACAGAGAAAAGAUAAAGUCACUGAUAUUGACUGGAUGCACCAAUAUAACUCCAGGCAUGCUCGAAGAUAUUUUGCGUUUGUGUCCUUGUUUAUCUGACAUAGAUAUCAGAGGUUGCAGUCAGCUUGAGGACUUGACCCUAACAUAUUCCAACAUAAAUUGGGUGAAGAGCCGAAAGAAAUUUGGGGAUACGCACUUCAAAAUGAGGAGUCUAAACCAGUUAACAGACAGAAACUCAGCAUACUCUGGAGCAAAGGGUACAGGUGGUGACGUCGAUGAUUUUAGUGAUUUGAAAGAUUAUUUUGAUAGUGUGGAUAGGAGAGAUUCAGCUGGUCAUUCUUUCCGCCGAGGGUUCUAUAAGCGUUCCAAAUUAUUCGAUGCGAGAAAAUCCUCCUCCAUUCUAUCAAGGGAUGCACGUGUGAGGCGAUGGGCUGUUAAGAAAUCUGAAAAGGGGUACAAGAGGAUAGAGGAGUUUCUUGCUUCUAGUCUGAAGGACAUCAUGAAGCAAAACACUUUUGAUUUCUUUAUGCCCAAGGUUGCUAAAAUUGAAGAGAAAAUGAAGAAUGGUUAUUAUAUUCGCAAUGGGAUUAGUUCUAUCAAGGAGGAUAUUCGUCGAAUAUGUCGGGAUGCCAUAAAAGCAAAGACUCGUGGUGAGACAGGGGAUAUGAACCAUGUCAUAUCAUUAUUUAUCCAACUCGCCACUCAUUUGGGAGAGAGAGAUGACUCAUCGGAAGGGUUCUCUGCUUCAUCGAAGUAUAGACGGAAAGUAAGCAGAGCUGAUAGUGAGAGAAAAUAUGCAAGUAGGAGCAAUGGUUCCUCCUUUGUGAAUGGUGCUUUAAAUGAUGGGGAGUAUGCUUCUGAUCUGGAAAUUAGAAGGCGUUUAUCCAUAUUGAAUAAAAAAUCAAUGGAUUCAGAUAGUGACACAUCUGAUGACUUUGGCGGAUCUUCUCAAAGUAGCAAGUCUGAAAGUGAGACUACUGUUUCUGACACAGAAAGUGACUUGGGAUUGCGGCAAGAUCGAUCUGUGCUCUCAAGCUCAAGAGAAGAUGGCAAUUUCAUGGCGGAUGAGAGUAUCGAUGACGACCGUGAGUGGGGUGCCCGCAUGACAAAAGCAAGCCUUGUUCCUCCUGUUACGAGAAAAUAUGAAGUUAUUGAUCAGUAUGUCAUAGUAGCUGAUGAGGAUGAUGUGAGGCGUAAGAUGCAGGUAUCUUUACCAGAGGACUAUGCUGAAAAACUCACUGCUCAGAAGAAUGGAGCUGAGGAGGUGGAUAUGGAACUUCCAGAAGUCAAAGACUACAAACCGAGAAAGCAGCUAGGGGAUGAAGUGAUAGAGCAAGAAGUGUAUGGAAUUGACCCCUAUACGCAUAAUCUUUUACUUGAUUCAAUGCCAGAGGAAUUGGAUUGGACUCUCUUAGACAAGCAUUUAUUCAUUGAAGAUGUACUUCUUCGUAGUCUGAACAAACAAAUCAGGCACUUUACAGGCACCGGAAACACUCCAAUGAUUUAUCCUUUACAGCCUGUUAUUGAAGAAAUUGAAAGGACGGCUGAGGAUGAUCACGAUAUGCGGACUGUGAGAAUUUGUAGGUCUAUCUUGAGGGCCAUUGAUAGCCGUCCAGAAGACAAAUACGUCGCUUACAGAAAGGGGCUUGGCGUUGUCUGCAACAAAGAAGAAGGAUUUGGUGAAGAUGAUUUUGUGGUGGAGUUCUUGGGAGAGGUCUAUCCUACCUGGAAAUGGUUUGAGAAGCAAGAUGGUAUUCGAUCAUUGCAAAAGAACAAUAAGGAUCCUGCUCCAGAGUUCUAUAAUAUUUAUCUUGAGAGGCCAAAGGGUGACGCUGAUGGUUAUGAUUUAGUUGUUGUUGAUGCCAUGCAUAAGGCAAACUAUGCAAGCCGAAUCUGUCACUCUUGUCGUCCUAAUUGUGAAGCAAAGGUCACUGCAGUCGAUGGACAGUAUCAAAUUGGAAUAUAUUCUGUACGCAAAAUCCAAUAUGGCGAGGAGAUUACAUUUGACUACAAUUCGGUCACAGAGAGUAAAGAGGAGUACGAAGCCUCUGUUUGUUUGUGUGGUAGCCAAGUCUGUCGUGGGAGCUAUCUCAAUUUGACUGGAGAGGGAGCUUUUCAAAAGGUAUUGGAGGAAUGGCAUGGGAUUUUGGAUAGACAUCAGUUAAUGAUAGAGUCUUGUGAGGAGAACUCGGUGUCUGAAGAAGAUUACUACGACUUGGGAAGGGCGGGUUUGGGCAGUUGCUUGCUAGGCGGGCUGCCGGCUUGGCUAAUUGCUUAUUCUGCUCGCUUGGUGAGGUUUAUAAAUUCUGAAAGAACAAAACUUCCUGAGGAGAUUCUUAAGCAUAAUUUGGAGGAGAAGAGGAAAUAUUUUCUGGAUAUUUGCCUUGAAGUAGAGAAGAGUGAUGCCGAAGUUCAGGCUGAGGGUGUCUAUAAUCAGAGGCUUCAAAAUUUGGCUGUUACUCUAGACAAGGUGCGGUAUGUAAUGAGAUGUAUUUUUGGAGACCCAAACAAGGCUCCACCUCCGCUGGUAAGGCUCAGUCCUAAAGAAGUAGUUUCCUUCCUCUGGAAAGGAGAAGGAUCGCUGGUGGAGGAACUUCUUCAGUGCAUGGCUCCUCACGUGGAUGAUAAUGUGCUAAAUGAUCUCAAGUCAAAGAUUCGUGAUCAUGAUCCUUCUCGUUCAGAUGACAUCCAGAAAGAGCUAAAACAAUCCUUAUUGUGGUUGAGGGAUGAGAUCCGCGAUCUUCCAUGUACUUACAAAUGCCGGCAUGACGCUGCCGCUGACUUGAUCCAUGUCUACGCUUACACAAAGUGCUUCUUUAAAAUACAGGGAUAUAAAUCUGUGACGUCCCCACCAGUUUACAUUUCUCCGCUUGAUUUGGGCCCAAAAUUCAGUGAUAAGUUGGGCCCAGGUUCUCAUGAGUAUCGCAAGACAUAUGGAGAGAAUUACUGUUUAGGACAACUUAUUUUUUGGCAGAUCCAGACAAACACCGAGCCAGAUGGUAGCCUUUUUAGAGCAAGUAGGGGAUGCCUGUCGUUACCUGAUAUUGGUUCAUUUUAUGCCAAGGUCCAGAAGCCGUCACGACAGCGUGUUUACGGCCCAAAGACGAUGAGAUUUAUGCUGGGACGAAUGGAGAAACAGCCCCAGAGACCGUGGCCGAAGGACCGGAUAUGGUCAUUUAGCAGCUCUCCCAAAGUGUUUGGGAGCCCAAUGCUCGACGCGGUAUUGAACAACAGUACGAUGGACCGAGAGAUGGUGCAUUGGCUGAAGAACAGGCCCAUGGUGUUUCAGGCAAUGUGGGAUCGGUGACCUCCUCAAUUUCUGCAUUCAGGGGAAGAGAAAGACGGCACCGCGAAUAACUAACCUGACAACAACUCGUGUUUCCCGGUAGCUCCCAAGAUAACUUCACAGCUCGGUUCGGCGGCCCCCUGAUAAAGCGGGAGGAGGGGGUGGUGCUGCUUCCCCUGGCAUCAUUAUUGUGUACAGUCUCUUUCUUAUUGUUUUUCUCUCCCUGCCUCUCUCUUUUUUUACCUCUGUAAUCUUGUAAUUCAUCAAUUAGUGGUAGUGCAUUUUUUGUUUUUAAUCUUGGGUAUAUCUGUAAUCUAAAAAUAGAAACAAAAGGGAAAGAAGUAGUCUAGUGCAUCGUCAUUCUUUUUAUCUGCC